AAUGAGGUCGCAGAUAGACAGAGGGAGAGACAGACAGAGAGACAGAGAGGGAUGUGUAGGUAAUUCUAGUUAGACUAUAUCCUGCAACUCUGCAGACCAGAUCCUCUCAGAAACACUUUUUAGUUUAUAAAAAUGAGCAUCCCAGUGGUGGACUUUGGUGCAUACAGCCUGAGUGAGGAAGAUGUUUCUGACGAGCAGAUGCACAACUUGAGCAAAGAGUUGGAAUCAGCUUUUACACAAGUUGGUUUUGUUUAUCUGAAGAACACUGGGAUCACUCAGGAGGAGGUGGAUCGUGUGCUCUCCAUAUCCAAGACGUUCUUCCUGCAGCCAGAUGAAGUGAAACGACCCUUCAGCAGAUCAACCUUCGCCAUCAGUCCCAACCACGGCUGGGUGUGUUCGGAGAGUGAGAGGUUGAAUCCCAGUCGCCCAGGAGACCUAAAGGAGGCGUUCAACAUUUCUUCAUUUCACCCCGACAUUAAAUGGCCAUCAGGUGCUGUGAAAGAGUUCCAGGAGAUCCAGACGUCUUUCUUCCAGCGCUGUAAAGAGCUGAGUCUGCGUGUGCUGAAGGUGAUGGCCCACAGUCUGGGUCUGGACCCGGAGGUGUUCCUGAGCGCGCACCGUCUAAUAGGAACGGAGCAGAAUAUCUCAACACUGCGGACUCUGUACUACCCUCCAGUAAACCAUGAGAAAGUGAAGGAGGGCCAGACACGAUGUGGAGAACAUUCAGACUACGGCAGCAUCACUCUGUUGUUUAGCAGCUCGGAGGGCCUGCAGGUGCGUAAACGUUCAGGUGAAUUCAUCUGUGCUCCCAUCGUCCCCGGAGCGGUCCUCAUCAAUGUCGCUGACCUGAUGCAGCGCUGGACCAGCGAUCACUUCAUCUCUGUGGUCCACAGGGUUUUGCUGCCCCCUGCUGGAGACUCCAGCACACGUCAGUCUAUGGCUUUCUUCGUCCAGCCUGAUGACGAGGCUCUAAUAACCUGCAUCGACGGCUCCAACAAAUACCCGCCAGUUACAGCAGGCGACUACAUCACCGAGCGCUUUAGUAAAUCAUAUUAAAAAAACAGACACUUCAUUCAUACACAAUGUUGAUUAUUAUAUACCUGUAAUGUCUUUUUAUCAUAGUCACUUUUUAUCAAUAUGUCACUUAAGAUCACAUGUUGUUUUUACAUUAUGAAUAAUGAUUGUGUUUUUAAAUCAGUGA